GCGUCCACAUGUCCGCGUUCGCGACGCUUCCAUCGGGCCUGGGGAAGGGGGGGUGUCGCUGCGCCGCCAUUACUGUAUAGAGCAGGAGCUGCACGGAGGGAUCGGCGGCUGGAGAGGGAAGGAGAGCGGCGAGUCCCGAGAUAAGAGCAGCCGCAGCAGCGAGGAGAUGGGGCGGAUAUGUGGCCACUAGACAGAUGCACCAUAUACCACCGUUUUGAGAAUAUAUCAUGUUAAUGGAGAACAUGAGAAGAAAGAGUUAAGAGCAUUGCCCCUGUUUUUUGCAAAACUUAAAGACAUCAAGUGGAAAUUAAGAAUGAAAAGUAUGCCCUGCUGUCUAGGUGUGCUGAAGAGGAUGAGAGGGGAGUGAUGAUGGCCAAGAAUAAGGAGCUGCGUCCCCCUUCGUAUACCAUUAGCGUGGUAGGAUUGUCCGGGACUGAAAAAGAUAAAGGCAAUUGUGGCGUUGGAAAGUCAUGUUUAUGUAACAGAUAUGUUCGCCCAAAAGCUGAUGAAUAUUAUUACGAACAUACCUCUGUUCUUAGCACAAUUGACUUUGGUGGCCGUGUUGUCAACAAUGACCACUUUUUGUAUUGGGGUGACGUAACGCAGGUAGGAGAGGAUGGGGUGGAUUGCAAGCAUCACAUUAUUGAACAGACAGAGUUUAUAGAUGAUCAAACUUUCCUUCCACAUCGGAGUACAAACCUUCAACCCUACAUAAAGAGAGCAGCAGCUUCAAAGAUUCAAUCAGCUGAGAAACUAAUGUACAUUUGCACAGACCAGCUUGGCCUGGAGCAGGACUUUGAGCAAAAGCAAAUGCCCGAAGGAAAGCUCACUAUAGAUGGUUUUGUUUUAUGCAUUGAUGUUAGCCAAGGAUGCAAUCGAAAGUUUGAUGAUCAGUUAAAGUUUGUUAAUAACCUCUAUGCGCAAAUGGCAAAAUCAAAAAAGCCCAUCAUCAUUGCAGCAACAAAAUGUGAUGAAUGUGUUGACCACUACUUAAGAGAAGUCCAAGGCUUUGCUUCAAAUAAGAAAAACUUAAUCGUUGUAGAAACCUCAGCCAGAAACAAUAUAAAUGUUGAGACGUGUUUCACAGCACUAGUUCAGAUGUUGGACAAAACAAGAGGUAAACCUAAGAUUAUCCCUUACCUUGAGGCUUUUAAAACACAUAGACAAAUAGUUGCAACUGCUACUGAUAAGUUUGAAAAGCUUAUUGUACAAACUGUGCGUGACUACCACGCAACUUGGAAAACUGUCAGUAAUAAAUUAAAAAACCACUCUGAUUAUGAGAAUUACAUAAAUUUAGAGGGAACAUUGAAGGCUAAAAAUACAUUCUCUAAACACAUAGAGCAGCUCAAACAGGAGCACAUUAGAAAAAGAAAGGAAGAAUACCUUAAAACACUACCAAGAGCCCUCAGUACGUUACUGCCAAAGCUUGAUGAGAUAGAAAGCCUAAGUUGGACCGAUGCUCUUCAGGUGCUAGAGAAAAAACCUGAAUUCAGCCUGUGGUUUGUAAUGCUGGAAAAAACACCAUGGGACCAGUCAGAUCAUAUUGAUAAAGUGAAUGAUCGAAGGGUCCCUUUUGAUCUUCUGUGCACAUUAGAUUCUGAGAAAGUCUAUCAAAGCCACGUUCAGCACUUGGUUUCUGAGAAGAGAAGAUUGGAAAUGAAAGCAAAGUUCAAAAAGACCCUUGAAAAAAUACCUUUCAUUUCGCCUGGUCAGUCUUGGGAGGAAGUCAUGUGUUUUGUUCUGGAGGACGAGGCCUAUAAAUUCAUUAAUGAAACUGACCGAUUUGAGGUAUAUCGUAAACACCAGCAAGAGAUAAUUGAAAAAGCCAAAGAAGAAUUUCAGGAGAUGCUUUUUGAGCACUCUGAGUUAUUCUAUGACCUAGAUCUUAAUGCUACCCCAAGCACUGAUAAAAUGACUGAGAUAAAUGCUGUUCUUGGAGAAGAACCUCGAUACAAAGCUUUACAGAAGCUUGCAACUGACAGAGAAUCCCUUCUUCUCAAGCACAUCGGAUUUGUUUAUCACCCAACUAAGGAAACUUGUCUUAGUUUCCAAAGUUGUAUGGAUAUAAAAGUGGAGCAAGUGCUUGCUAACAGUCUGUUACAAUCAAAUCUUAGUCGCUUGAACUUAUACCAAGACAGAACUAGCCUUGACAAGGUAAAUCUUCUCAUUCUUGGGAAAGACAACCUUUCUCAAGAGAUGGCCAAUGAGAUAAGGACACAGUCAACGGAUGAUGAAUUUGCAUUGGAUGGAAAAAUAUAUGAAUUAGACUUGAGAGCUGUGGAUGCCAAUUCCCCAUAUCUUUUAAGCCAAUUUUGGACUCCUGGGUUUAAACCACAUGGUUGUUUUUGUGUGUUUAGCUCAAUUGAAUCACUUAAUUUUAUAGGUGACUGCAUUGGGAAAAUUAGAUGUGAAGCUCAGGCAAGAAGAGAUAAGGACAUUGCAAACCUUCCAUUUACAUUAAUUUUGGCUAACCAGAGAGAAAGUGUCAGCAAAAACAUGCCCAUAUUAAGGCACCAAGGGCAGCAAUUGGCAAAUAAGCUCCAGUGUCCCUUUGUGGAUGUGCCAGCUGGCACGUAUCCCCGUAAAUUUAAUGAGGCCCAAAUCAAACAAGCUCUUAGGGGAGUGCUCGAAUCUGUCAAGCACAACUCUGAUAUUGCCAGUCCUGUUCCUGCAAUUAGAGACCCUUCAGAAGCAGAUUUAAGAAUUGUAAUGUGUGCCAUGUGUGGAGAUCCUUUCAGUGUGGAUCUUAUUCUUUCCCCCUUUUUGGAGUCCCGUACUUGCAGCGCAGCUCAGCCCGGGCAAAAUAACUCACUAAUGCUGGAUAAAAUAAUUGGAGAAAAACGGAGAAGGAUACAGAUAACCAUUUUGUCCUACCACUCCUCAAUUGGAAUUAGAAAAGAUGAACUGGUUCAUGGAUACAUUCUUAUUUAUUCAGCCAAGCGAAAGGCAUCUAUGGGAAUGCUGCGUGCUUUUCUGUCAGAAAUUCAGGACACAAUUCCAGUCCAGUUAGUGGCAGUUACAGACAGCCAAGCUGACUUCUUUGAGAAUGAAGCAAUCAAAGAACUAAUGACUGAAGGGGAGCACAUUGCUACAGAAAUUUCAGCAAAAUUCACAGCCUUAUAUUCUUUGUCUCAGUACCACCGCCAGACAGAGGUCUUCACACCAUUUUUCAGUGAUGUUCUGGAAAAGAAAACUUCCAUUGAGAAUUCAUAUUUAGCAGAAAGCCGUAGAGAAGCAAGUCAACCAUGUGAAGAUGUGUUUCCUUAUUCACCACGAGGAAAUUCACCAGCCUACAGUUGCUACCCUGAUUCAGAGGAUGACACAGAAGCACCACCUCCUUAUAGCCCUAUAGGGGAUGAUGUACAGCUGUUGCCAAAGUGUAAUUUGGACAAUGAAGGGAAUGAAUAUCCUACUCACAGCACUCCACUAAAUUGCCAUGACCAUGAACGCAACCAUAAAGUGCCUCCACCAAUAAGAACUAAACCAGGUGGACCCAAGUCUAAGGUGAAUAGAUUAGAUCCAAAUCUUGUCAGAGCUAUUGAAGCUGGCAUUAGCAAAAAUCCACGGAAGCAAUCUCCUCGUUUCCCAUUGGUUCACCCUGAAGAUGCAGAUUCAUCAGAUAAUUACGCAGAGCCAGUUGACACAAUCCCGAGGUCCAAAGAUUUAAUUAAUGACCUUUACGCAGAUCCAGAUGACAGUCAGAACCACAUUCAUAAAAUGCAUCACCAGUUUCCUAAUGCACAAGGAGAUGAAGAGAAUGGUAUCACUGAUAGAAAUUUAAGAGGUCAGGGAGAGCGAAGACCAUCAAAAUACAAGUACAGGUCAAAAACCCUAUUCAGCAAGACAAGACUGUACACCUAUAGAAGAACCCAUUCAGAUGCCAGUGAUGAAGAAACUCCUACCAUUCCUGGAAAAGAUAGAAAGCGUAAACCAAAACACAGGCCAAGUGAAGAGGACCCACUUCUUUCUCCAGUUGACACUUGGAAGGGUGGAAUAGAUAACCCUGCCAUCACAUCAGACCAGGAACAUGAAGAAAGAAAGACCAAGAAGAAGCCACCAAAAGUGAAAGAAGAGAAAAAGAAGAAGAAAAACAAGCCGUUUAACCCACCAACACGUCGGAACUGGGAGAGCAACUACUUUGGCAAACCCCUGCAUGAACUUGUGAGCCCAGAGAAACCCAUCCCCGUGUUUGUGAAGAAAUGUGUGGACUUCAUUGAAGAGUCGGGACUUGGCACUGAAGGUUUAUAUCGUGUGAGUGGGUACAAAACGGACCAAGAUAAUAUUCAAAAGCAGUUUGACCUGGAUAACAGUUUGAACUUGGCUUCUAUGGAGGUAAAUGUAAAUGCAGUGGCUGGUGCUCUCAAAGCUUUUUUUGCUGAUCUGCCAGCCCCUCUAAUACCAUAUAUCCAUCACCCAGAACUUCUGCAGGCUUCUAAAAUCCAGGACAGAAUGGAGAGGCUGCAUGAUUUGAAGACUAUUUUAUGGAAUUUUCCUGCUGCCAACUAUGAAGUCUUGAAAUACAUCAUAUCUCAUUUGAACAGGGUUAGUCAACACAGCAAGACAAACCUGAUGACUGCAGAUAACCUUUCCAUUUGCUUCUGGCCAACACUUAUGCGCCCAGAUUUUGAGAACAAGGAAUUUUUCUCUACCACUAAGAACCACCAAUCGGUUAUAGAAAACUUCAUUCAGCAGUGCCAGUUUUUCUUCUACGAUGGUGAAAUUGUUGACUCUCCAAGCGUCACCAGUUCUCCUUCAGCACAGCACUCCAGUCCUGGUCAGCUCGCACCACCUUUGGUCCCUCUGCAGUUACCUCCUCCUCUUCAGCCACAGCUACUACAGCCCACACUGCAAGCCGAUCCCCUGGGCAUCAUAUAACUGAGUACCGCUUGGUACUGUUUAUUUAAUAUCUCCAGGUCCUUACUGGAAACAGUCAUACAGGAAAAAGGCUAACUUCACCUGUAGUAAAAUCUUAAUGACACAGAAGCAUUUGACUACUUUUAGUUCUCAUUUUUUUGUUUGUAUUUUUUAAACCCUUUGGAACGUUUAGCAAGAGAUGGAUCUGUGGCAGGCCUGGUUUGUGAAUUUCGCUGCUGCAUGGAACUCCUAUAUAAAUACUAUACAUGUCUUCAGGUGUCAUGAAGAUACUUAUCAGAAGAGAAGAUUAAACAGAAUAAACAAAAUGGUUCUUUUCUAUAGAAAACCUAAUUAAAUUUACAGAAAUAAAUCAUUUAUGAAGCAUUAGUGCUUUCACAGCCCGGCUAAAGGCUGAGAUUUAUUUUGGUGUCCGCAUCCGUGGUGUGCAGACGUGGGCAUGUGUGGGUGCGUGUGGGAGCCUGGCAGUGGGGUGGGUUGUGGAUUCGUUGUUGGCGGUGCUUGGAAUGGAGCUUAUCUUGUAAAUGAAACAAAGUAAUAAUUGUAUGUACAUAUAUAAAUGUUUGCAUAUUUGAGGAAUAAACAUCCAUCC